AUGGUGCAUGAUUCCGACGAUUUAGCGCCACAAGAGAAGGGUGUGGUCGAGGCAGGUACUCAGAGCGAGACCGCCUGCAGCGAUGCCUCUCAUCACGUGAGCAAUGUCGCUGCGCUUCGAGCUCGCAGGAAGGUUGAUACCACGGUCCUUCCAUUGCUCUUCCUUGGAUUACUCGUUUUCCAACUGGACCGCAUGAACUUGGCCAGCGCGCUCACCGACGGCUUUGCGAAGAACAUACGCGUAAACCAAAACACCAUCAACCUUGGCAACCAACUGAUGUUCCUUGGUAUCGUUGUUCUCGAGAUCCCGUCCAAUAUCAUUCUCCAGCGCAUCGGACCACGGAUCUGGAUGUCCACUCAAGUGAUCAUCUUCGGCCUUGUUGCUACAUUGCAAGUCUUCGUAAAGGACAAGACCGGCUUUCUGGUUUCGCGCAUGUUCCUCGGGCUGUGUGAGGCUGGAUACAUCCCAGGCGGCAUUUACACCCUCUCGACAUGGUAUACGAAGCGCGAGCUGGCGAAGCGAGUUGCGGUGUUCUUCUUCGGCAUGUUUGGCGGCAAUGCUAUAAGUCCGCUUCUUGCAAGCGGUAUCUUGAAGUUGGGCGAUCGAGGCGGAUUGAGAGGAUGGCAGUGGCUCUUCCUGUUGGAGGGAAUUUUCACGAUAUGUGUCGGUGUCGCAUUGCUCUUCCUCCUUCCUGGGAGCCCUGACCAGCCACGUCCGCUCCUAUCGCCUGGCUUGAUUCGUUUCAAAGAAGGUGAUCAUGAUGCCCUCCAGCAACGUUUACUCCUGGACGACCCUAACCGAAAGCCCGGAUCGCAAGGUCUCCAUAUUCCGCUUUCACUCGUGUGGAAAACCGUCAAGCACUAUCGUCGCUGGCCGCAUUUUGUCUCCACGUUCGCCGUCUUCUCGACAUGGUCGUCGCUCACCACAUACACGCCAACUAUCAUUAUGGCAUUAGGGUUCGAUCGAAUUGAGGCUAAUGCGCUAGCAUCCGUCGGUGGCUUCUUUGCCCUUGGGAUUGUCUUCUUCUUCGGCUGGCUAUCCGACAAAACAAACAAGCGUGGGCUAGCUGUGAUCAUAGCUCAUAUUUGCUAUCUGACGGUCCUGAUCAUUGCGCGCUCGGUGCAUCCUUCGGUAGGGAAGUGGUCUCGAUGGGGCCUUUGGACAGCGGUCAAUGCGUUUGCAAUCGGCUAUCAUCCGGUGCACAACUCGUGGGUGCAGCUGAAUUGCAAGGAAGCAGGAGAGCGAAGCAUCAGCAUCGCGAUGUGGGUUAUGAGCGCAAUCUCCGGGCUGAUGGUAGGUACACAGUACUAUCGUGGCGACGACGUUCCAUUCUACAGCAAAGGUUUGAGGAUUCAGAUUGUCAUGGUGGCCGUCGGAAUGAUCUUUGCAAUUGUACAAGAAGUUGUGUACGUGGUCCAUAAUCGGAAGGUGGUGAGGACAUGGGCGACGACGGGCGGCGAGAAGCCCUGGUUGUAUACGCCAUGA